CUGAAUGGUAUACUUUCAAGUGGUCGAUUUUAUGUUAUGGGAAUUCCACUUCAGUUAAAAAAAUAAUAAUAACAAAGCCCCUUGAUCACUUAGACUCGCAAAAAAAAUCCUCUCAGUGAACACCAAGGAGGCUGCUUAACCCUAUGGGUUUCUACUCUUCUUUGUGGCCCCAAGGAGGUUCAGCUAAUCAUUUAAAGGGGAAGCAUGACAGCAAUGACAGUAUUUUUUCCCUUGGAUACAGCUCGACUUCGACUUCAAGUUGAUGAGAAAAGAAAGUCCAAAACGACACACAUGGUGCUCCUGGAGAUCAUUAAAGAAGAAGGCCUCCUGGCACCAUAUCGAGGGUGGUUUCCAGUUAUCUCCAGUCUCUGCUGCUCCAAUUUUGUCUAUUUCUACACUUUUAAUAGCCUCAAAGCAGUCUGGGUCAAAGGUCAACAUUCUACUACUGCAAAAGAUCUGGUAGUUGGAUUUGUUGCAGGAGUGGUGAAUGUGCUGCUAACAACUCCACUCUGGGUAGUAAACACCAGACUGAAGCUGCAAGGGGCAAAAUUUAGGAAUGAAGACAUUGUACCAACCAACUACAAUGGUAUUAUUGAUGCUUUUCACCAGAUCAUUCGCGAUGAAGGAAUCCUGGCUUUAUGGAAUGGCACAUUUCCCUCCUUGCUGUUGGUCUUCAAUCCUGCCAUCCAAUUCAUGUUCUAUGAAGGUUUAAAACGGCAGCUUUUAAAGAAACGAAUGAAGCUUUCUUCUGUGGACGUGUUCAUCAUUGGUGCAAUAGCCAAAGCCAUUGCCACCACGGUCACCUAUCCUCUGCAGACAGUACAGUCAAUUCUGAGGUUUGGACAUCACAGACUGAACCCAGAAAACAGAACACUGGGGAGUCUUCGGAACAUUCUCUAUCUUCUUCACCAACGAGUAAGGCGUUUUGGAAUAAUGGGACUCUACAAAGGCCUUGAAGCCAAACUGCUGCAGACAGCCCUCACUGCUGCUCUCAUGUUCCUCGUUUAUGAGAAACUGACGGCUGCUACCUUCACGGUCAUGGGGCUGAAGAGCGCACACAAGCGCUGAGGCACCUUCCACCGCCAGGCACUCAGAGAUGCUCAAGACAGGGGAUCCUUCUCUGUGAAGAGAAGCGGUUCCCCUUUUACUUGCUCCUUCCACUGAGAAUUUUACCCUCAUUGGCUUGGAAUGCAUCUAAGUUUACACAUGGAGUGUAGCCAGCUUGACCUGUUACCAACUUAGUUUUAUGACGGUUGGUUGAAUUUUGUGGGGGAGGUUGGGCCAAUGGCCAUAUGAAAAGAAAACAUUAUUGAAAACCUAAAAAUGAAAGUUUAUGGGGGUUUAUUGGUUUUUUUUGAGGGGAAUGGACUCUUGCUCUCAUGUAUAAUCUUUUCCAAGUAGAGUCUUUUUUUAGAUUUGCCAGAUGGUCCCUUCCCUUGAACCCUCCCCCAGGUCCUAGGGCAAAUUUGCUACCAUGUAAUUCUCCUCAUAUACUUUUGUAUGUCUUCAUCUUGGUAUUUUCUUCACUAAAAAUGUUAUGACUAUGCCAUAAGCAUGACUUUAUUUUUCUUGGCAUUUUUUUCCUCCUGCUUAAGGAAAGGUAUCUUCUUUAGUGUGUGAGCUAUUUAUUUUGUGGGGGAAAUGAAAAUUAUUAAUUCCAAAUGAUUCUCUUAUAAACUAUUUGUAAAUGUCACUUAUUUAGUAUUUGACAUAAUUUUAAAAUAUUUAUUUUGAAUCAGCCUUUUCACUACAAAACUUGAGGUUUUAUGUUCAUCCACAUAGGCCCCAAUAAAUUGUCGGCACAAAAGUCAUUCUUAAAAGUUGCCGUUUAUAGUAUUACAUUGAGUUUACAAGCAGCUGGUAAAAAUCACAGAAGAGGGAGCAGAUACCUUGUUUAGGCUCUGGAAUACUAUCUUCUUUUAUGAACUCUUGGUAGAGACUGUAUAUUUUGAGAAUAAACUUGAUUGAGGUUAUUUCUAUUUGGAAACAUUCCUUAGAGUCCUGCUACUCAAAGAGUGGUGCCUCAAGCAAUAGCAUCGACAUCACCUGGGAGCUUAUUGGACAUGCAGUCCCAGAUCUUCUGAAUCAUAUUCCGCAUUUUAAUAAGAUAUCUAGGCAAUUUGUACUCACAUCAAAGUUCAAGAGACCUUAGAGCUCUUGACCCUGCAGAAGAUACAGUUGGUUUCAAUUAUGGAAACCAAGACAAAGAUUGUUCUCAAAGGAAAGAUAGACUAAUGUAUUAGAGCAACCUCUGAAAAAACUGGGAGUCCUAUGUCAUCAUUUACUUUCACCUCGUAGCACAUGUUCAGGUUCGUAGGACUUUUGUUAUGUGGCCAGCAAUGAAUUUAGACAUCUCAAGGCACUCAAGAAGCAAACUCCCUUGACAUUAGUAGAACAACAGCUUAGUUCUACUUAGUUUGACUUAGUUUUUGACUUAGUUUUUGUCCCUAUAACACAAUGACAGGUUUUUCAUUUGUAAGUCUAAUUCAUUCAGAGUCAGAGAGAGUAAUAAUCAAGUGUCUGUGGACUCCAGUAUUUAAAUUCAAUUUUGAGAGUGGAAAUUUCUUUCUCUUAUUUCUCCUCUCGUCCCUGUGGUAAUUUCAAAAUAUGUGAUUAUUAAACUAUUAAUAAUUGA